AACGCGGCGCAUAGUGACCGCCAAUGUCUACGGGGACGGAUUGACAGCGGUCUUGCCCGCCUUCCACGCCAGGGAGGGAGAGAAAGUGCAACCUCCUCCGCGGCCGUAUCGCAGAGUGGCAGCUUUGCUACGCACGGUGGACAUGGAGCGUUGGACGGGCAGGGUGGCGCUGGUGACCGGAGCCUCUGUGGGCAUCGGAGCGGCGGUGGCCCGGGCGCUGGUCCAGCAGGGUAUGAGAGUGGUCGGCUGUGCCAGGAACGUGGACAAAAUAGAGAAGCUAGCAGCAGAGUGUCAGAGUGCUGGCUAUGCUGGAACCCUGAUCCCCUACAAAUGUGACCUGUCUAACGAGGAGGAGAUUCUCUCCAUGUUCUCUGCCAUCAAGACUCUGCACCAGGGCGUGGAUGUGUGCAUCAACAACGCCGGCCUGGCCCGAGCAGAGCCCCUGCUGAGUGGGAGGACCAGCGGCUGGAGAAACAUGAUUGAUGUGAAUGUGCUCGCCCUCGCCAUAUGCACGCGUCAGGCCUACCAGUCGAUGAAAGAAAGACACGUGGAUGAUGGCCACAUCAUCAACAUAAACAGCAUGGGGGGCCACAGGAUGGUGCCCAGCGCUGACGAGCACUUUUACUGUGCCACCAAGUACGCAGUGACUGCGCUGACCGAGGGACUCCGGCAGGAGUUGCGGGAUGCCAACACACACAUCCGGGCCACGUGCAUUUCCCCAGGAAUAGUGGAAACGGAGUUCGCCUUCCGGCACCAUAACAGUGACCCUGAGAAGGCCGCAGCCACCUAUGAGAGCAUCAAGUGCCUGAAAGCAGAGGACAUAGCGAAUGCGGUCACGUAUGUGCUGAGCGCACCCUCCCAUGUGCAGAUUGGAGAUCUGCAGAUGAGACCAGUGGAGCAGGUGUCAUAGCAACGAGGAAGAAGCUGGGGAGGCAGGCCGAGCCCCACAGCCGUGCAGACCACACAGCGCCACCUGCUAGGGGGUGGGGGGGGAAUACUGGUUUAACAUCGACUGGGAGGAUCAGCUUUUUAGAUUGGAGGAAAAAAAUAUUCUCUGAUGAUGUGUGUUCAGUUCCUGGUGUGGUUAUUCGGCAUUUUUAUUGACUGAGAAAUCUACAGGAUAAUCGCAAGUGCUACAUAUUAUAAAAUGUUCAUAUUUGGUGUUAGCUUCAGUCUUUCCCAAACUGAAAAUGGAGACUGUAUUGCUGCUGAAUUAUAUGGUUUAAUACACUCAUUGUUGGGGAAAGCAGUGGGAAAGUUGCACGUGUUUUUUUAGGUCAUAUUACCCAUCUGUAUAAAAAUUAAAACUACAACUUUGAUUUUAUACACAGGCAUUAAUAUGAUUCAUGCCAUGAAUACAGGAUACUGGUCCAUUGAAAUACAUGUUCUUUAAUAGCGUCCCUGUCCACUCCCUGAAAUAUAACGUGACAUGCUCUUGACUUCCCCCUGCUGGUUACACACGAAUUGGUGACCAACAUGUCAGCAGAAGUGAGGGAAGAUGAGUAAAAUGCUUAAUUUUAGUAUAUAGCAUUUCCUUCACUCCAUAAAAUUAUCCAUGUAGCGAAAGCUUUGAUUUUGGAUUUUUUUUAGGAAAAAAACCCUGUUUAAUUUAGGUGCUGUCUUUAAAGCAGAAGUGAGCAUGAGUGUGGUAGUAUUUGCAGUAACUUUAUUCUCAAUAAAACUUUUAUUGCUAUGCUGUU